AUGAAGUUUGGGUUUGUUGAGGCUGCACUUUUGUCUGUCGCAUUAGCGCAGACGACACACAAACAUGCACCGAUCGAUAUCCAGUCGAGUCUCCUGCGCGACCCCCGAGAAGUAGCCGACAAACGAUUCGACUAUAUUAUCGCCGGGGGUGGUUUGACCGGCUUGACUGCUGCUGCUCGGCUCACAGAAAACCCUAAUAUCUCUGUUCUUGUGGUCGAAGGAGGCUACUACGAAUCCAACCGGGGCCCGAUCAUCGAAGAUGUGAACACUUACGGCGAUAUUUUCGAUUCUUCUCUUGAUUACGCUUAUCAAACUACACCGCAAGCUUCCAAUAACCUCUCCGGUAUAGUCCGUUCAGGCAAGGGCCUCGGAGGAUCGACCUUGAUUAACGGAGCCUCUUGGACUCGUCCGCACAAGAGCCAGAUUGAUUCCUGGGAGUCGGUCUUUGGAAAUGACGGCUGGAAUUGGGAAAAUCUCACCUCUUACAUGCACCAAGCCGAGGCAGCCCGUCCGCCGAACCCCGCGGAGGUUACUGCAGGCCACUUUUUCGACCCUUCAUGCCAUGGCCUGAAUGGAGCUGUCCAUACUGGCACUCGAAAUACUGGCGAGAAGUUCAGCCCAAUGAUAAAGGCUCUCAUGGACACUGUCAAACCACAGGGUGUCCCUACUCGACAUGACUUUUGUUGCGGCGACCCGCAUGGUGUUUCCAUGAUCCUGAAUUCGGUUAACGCAAAGCAAAUCCGCUCCGAUGCAGCCCGUGAAUGGCUGCUCCCUAAUUACCGACGGCAUAACCUGAAGUUAUUAACCGGUCAGCUUGUUGGGAAGGUCCUCUUUGAUGAGACUAAUAUUGGCCCCAAGGCUGUUGGCGUGGAGUAUGGUGUUCAUAAACAGUUUACGUUUAAGGCGUAUGCGAAACAUGAAGUUUUGUUGGCAGCGGGCUCUGCGGCCUCCCCUCUGAUCUUGGAAUGGUCUGGAAUUGGUCUGAAGUCAGUCCUUGAUACAGUUGGCAUUCGGCAGAUUGUCGAUCUCCCUGUAGGUUUGAACCUGCAAGACCAAACCACUACAACUGUCCGUUCUGCUAUCACUGCUUCUGGAGCUGGUCAAGGUCAGGCGGUCUAUUUUGCUACUUUCAAUGAAACGCUUGGCGAUCUCGCACCCGUCGGAAUUGAUCUACUGAAUAUGAAACUCCAACAAUGGGCCGAGGAGACUGUUGCUGCUGGUGGCUUUCAUAACGUCACGGCCCUUAUGAGCCAAUAUGAAAACUACCGGGACUGGCUUAUUAACAAGAAUAUUGCUUAUGUUGAACUUUUUUUGGAUACAAGCGGCAAAAUCCAUUUCGAUAUCUGGGACCUCAUCCCCUUUACCAGAGGUUACGUGCAUAUCCUUGAUGCAGACCCUUACCUCGGCCGUCGCGCAUACAACCCACGGUACUACCAGAAUGAACUAGAUGUUCUAGCUCAAGCUGCGGCAACGCAAUUGGCACGAAACCUGAGCAAUAGUGGGGAAAUGAAGCAAUAUUUUGCUGGAGAACAAAUACCUGGAUUCAACUGUCACAACCUGGCCUAA